AUCAGUGGACGAAUCGUGAGUCGGGCGCAUUUUCAGUAAUUGUUGAUUGGAGAUCUCCAAAUAUUACACUGAUUAUUGGUUACUGUGUUUUUAUUAACUUUAGAAGCGGUUACUAAUUUUCUAAUAGCGAUUUUCCAAUAAUUAAUCAAGCUGGAAAGUCUUUCUGAAUUGUGAAAAACUCGAGGUCGCCGUGUCGUGGAUUUGAUACAAGAUGUCCGUGUGUUUCUUUGUGCCUGCCGACCAGGCGAGUACAUCGGGCGUGGCUGAGGAAGUGGACAGUGACAUUAUAGAAGAUAACUCCCAAGUGGAAUCCCCACAGCAGAGCUUGCAGCAGUUCUGGUGUAAAGUUACUGAAGACAUCAGCAAGGUUAAUGCAGACGACUUCAAAUCCCAAGCAUUGCCUCUCGCCCGCAUAAAGAAGAUAAUGAAAUUGGAUGAAGAAGUGAAGAUGAUUUCAGCUGAGGCCCCCGUGUUGUUCGCGAAGGCGGCUGAAAUCUUCAUACAUGAGCUAACGCUUAGGGCUUGGGCACAUACUGAGGAUAAUAAAAGAAGAACUUUGCAGCGCAACGACAUAGCGAUGGCGAUAUCGAAGUGCGAUCAGUUCGACUUCCUGAUCGACAUCGUGCCUCGACAGGAAGUCAAACCCAACAAACCUCGAUACGACCACGCGCCACGAAGCAGCCACAUCGACCAGGUGGCUCACCAUCAAGCUGCAUUACAGAACGCUGCACAGCCACAGAUCGUAUUACAGCCAUGUGCACAAGUGACACAGACAUCUACAGCCACACCGUCGACGUCAUCAAGUAACGUGGCGGUGUCGCAGCAACCAGUCACACUAGUACAACAGGUCCUUACUCCAUCCGGAGAGCUCCAGCAGUUGCCAAUCCAGCUAACACAAGCGCAGUUAAACAUGAUCCGCCUGCAGGUACAGAACAACCCGAACCAGCCGAUCAUAAUACAGGCACAGUCGCAGCAAUCGCCACAGAUUAUUCAGGUAUCAUCCCAAGGCCAGCCCCAACAACAGGUAUUCCUUGCUCAAGUGGCGACCUCGCAGGACGACUCCUAGUACCUGGACACCAGCACUCAGUGCGAAGUGGACUCGGACUCCGAUGAUUAAGUGAUAGUGAUAGUGCAUAAUGAUUAGUGUUUCAACUCUCUAGUGAUUUGUGCAGAAACUAUGAGGAUACUGGUUUGUUUGCAAGUAAAUUCCGUAAUUCAUAAGCGUCUAUGAAGAAAACCUGUGUUAACUAGUUAUUUUACCUAAAUGAGACUCAUUUGCAUGUAUUUGUAAAGACCCUUAAUCUGAAAAGUUCAUGAAGAUAUUUAUUUAUUUAUUCUUUCUUUGCCUAUCAAGCACAAACUUUAUUUUUUAUUACUAUAACUAUAAAGAAACUGUUAAUAAAUACAACCUCUUUGCCUGUAAUGUUCUAAAUUCAAAAAUCAAUGAAGGUAUAUAAUAUAGUUUCAUCUAUUUAAUCUACAUAAGAAGCUGCUGUGAAGUAUUAUAAAGUUAAUUUUGGUUUAUUCAAAAGUUAAGAAUAAUUUAAACCUUCAAUGUUGGAUAGGAUUAGACUGCGCUCAAGUCCCCAGGCCGAAAACAGUCAAAAGCGCUAUUAUCAGAUUACUGGGUUUAUAACUACUAAUUGCCAACUUCAUAGCUCACUAUAGACGUAUCUACCAAAUAAGAUAUGACUUAAAAUAUAUCAAAAAUAGUGAGUACAUAAAUAUUAUCAGUCAUAAUUAGAUUGCUAUUUAUAAGUAUGUAAUUUAAUUAAUUGAUAAUGUAAGUAAUCGUUGUGAGUGCAAACAGCAACAGUAAUGAUUCAUCAACGUUCCAUAUAAAUAUGCUGUUUAAUGUUUUUAGUACAGUAUGUAGAGGCGAAUUAAAUCUAGACAGAGUCCUAGGCAAGCACCUCAUACAUAGGCGUCUUCUUCCUUUUUGGCGCCGCCGUCACUAUUGGCAGUUGGGCACGCGCGUCUUAUGGCUUCCCUCUGUAACCUGGCGCCUAGGCACUUGCCUCGUUUGCCUUAGGGAAAAUACGACCCUACAAUAUAUAUAUAUCACUGCUUACAAUUAUUUUUAUUUUAUUCGACUUUUAAUAUGUAUAAUACAAUACUUAAACACUUAUAAAGGUCAUAUGCAAUAUUUAUAUAGAAAAUAUUUAACGAAAAGACGUAAAUAUCUACAAACCUCUUUUUUAGUCUGUUAAUAAUAAUAAGAUGUCUUCUAAUGGUGGCAAAAAAGGAAUUACAAUAAUAUAAGUCAAAGAAAUCAAUACAUACCUACUUAUAAGAUUUUUUCUAACUUGUUUAACAGUAACUAAUAAACUAGAAUAAAUAAAGGUACCUAAGAAUACAAUAUACAUUUUACAAUAUCUUAAAUAUAUUAUUAAUCUUCUAUAGUUAUAAUGAAAUAAAUAAUGACAUC